AUGAACUACUUGAAAUCAGUAUUCAUGCCAAGGCAACGCAUCGUACCCGUCAUCCCCGCUGAUGAACGGGAAGAUUACGAGAAUCGACACAGACUACUUACCGAACACCGGGAGUCACUGGCCAUCGCUAUCGCUGAAGCGCUUGCUGAAGACGAAAUCCCAGCGGAGGAGAAGCAUGCCAUGUUAGCUGAUUUCAACAAAGUUGCUUCAAUCCAUCUGUUGCUGCUCUUGGAAGCGGAGGAAACCCUUUCAGAAGAAACACCAUUAGUCAAGGCAGCGAACGUGUGUUUCGAGGAAAUGGAGGCUGCCGAGAAGGCAGGGCAUUGCAGAGUGGCUGAACUCGAGCCCCCGGAAGACGAAGAAGUUUCGGCUCCCGAAGGGAAGGGAAUAUCGCAUCGGGGCCAAUCGAAGAGCUCUGAAGAUGAUUCAUUGUCCGGCGACGACGGCAGCGCCGGGGUUGCAUAUCGUCUCGAGAUGCCUGGUGACCUUAUGAUUUCACUGUUACACAAACAACCGUUGCGAACGAAUUUGGAACUUGGGAACAGAUACGUCGCCAAGUUCCUUGAAGACAUCAAGACCGCCGACGUCCCCCAAGACUUGAAAGAUCGAUUAGAUUCAGAGUCAACGGAGCUCAAAGACCAGCUAAUGAUGUUGGAACGUUUCGUCAUAUAUCCUUUGUCUGUAUUCCCAGAAAAUAUUCGGCUAGCCCGGGACUUCGCAAAUGCCGCUCAGCAGUUCGACAAGUACGUGCAACAGGAGAUAAAUGCGUCGCAGCUCCAGAAAGCCAUGUCUCAGGUGCACGUAUCGAGCUCAUCUAGAAAGUGA